GGUCGACCAUGAUACCAACUGAACUCUUUAUUGCGAUUUGUAAAUAUCUUCACCCUGCUGAUCUCUUGAAUCUUUCUCGUACAUGUCACAAUUAUCGUGACAUACUCUAUUAUCUUGAAAACGAAACGACAAAAGAAAUCUGGAAGUUUUCUAGGUCUAAAUUUAUGCCGUUUUUACCAAACCCCAAAAAAAUUAAUGAAAUUCUCUAUAUCCGGUGUGUUCUAGAAAAGAAAUGUCAAUUUUGCAUGAAAAGGACCGGACAUGUAAAGACUUAUUGGGCCUAUGGGGUUUAUAGUUGCCGAAAUUGUAUUAAAAGCGCAUCUCGUACUCGCGGUUAUUUUGCCAACCACAAUAUCUUGCUGAAUUGCCAUUUGAAAUAAUUACCGAUUACGAUCGUCUUUUGGGAUAUCAAUCCUGUUAUUACUACUGGGAAGAAGACGUUGAUGUUCAAUUAAACGAAUACAAUGGAAUUCCGAAUGAGAAGAAAGAUAAGUGUUACAAGCAAAAAAAUCAAGCAGGUCAACAGAAAAUGCUUGAUGUCUGUAUCCGUGAUAUACUGUAACUUAUAAACUUGAUCCAACAACUAAUAAAAAUUACGUAUACGAAAUACUGAUCGAAUGUCCUAGUUAUCAAUUUCAUAAAAAUAAUGGAGGGAUAACCUCAAAUAGCUUGAAGAGUUUGCAUGAUACAUUGGCGAGGGAGUAUCAUAAUUGCCAUGAAUAAUACCUAAGGAACUAUAGCAUGUAGCUUUACAACUUUUACACUCUUUUACGUUCUUUUACAUUCUCAAACAUAUGUUAACAUUUAUUGUAACUGUAACUGGUUUUGUGUAAUUAAAGCUACUGAUUUUGUUGUUUAUUUUUCAAAUUCAA